AUGGCGUUGAGAGUGCUCCGGGAAGAGGCACCUUCGCAACCAGGGGAGGGGGCGGAGCGUGGGGUGACGCGCAGCGCCGCGCGGGCGCAGGGGCGCGUGGCGGGAGGCGGCGGAGGAGCAGCCGAAGGCGGGGCCGCGCUCUAUAAGAGGCGGAAGCCGGCGCGACCGGCCAGUAGCAGCCGCCCCACCCGCCGCCCACGCUGCGCCUCCGCCAUGUCGUCGCUGCUGCUGGUGCUGCUCUUGUGCUCCGGCGCUGCGCUCGCUGGGGCCGGCGACGGCUUCAACCUCUUCAAAGACCGCCUGCGGGGGAAGGGCGAAGAGGGCGCCCCGGAGGAACCCGAGCCCAUCGAGCCGGUGCCGCGAGUCGUGUAUUUCUACCGUACUCCUGUUGCCCGACAGUCUGGAGAUCCAUAUGAGCCGCAUCCACUCGCAGCAGACUUCGGAAAGCGCAUUGACCGAUAUCGAAGUCUGGUGAUGCAGCGCGAGCUGGCCGGCGCGGACGCGGAGCCUGGGGGUGAGCUACCGAGCCGCCGCCGCCGCCGCCUUCACGGCAGCGGCAGCGGCGACAGCAACCUCUCGUACUGAACGAGUGGG